AUGUCCGCCGUCCAUCCCGCCGUCCAUCCCAGCCCGCUCAUGCCCGGUGACGGCCCUCUUCCGCGCGUCGACUCGCCCGAGUACACCAAAGGCACGAACAACAUCCACCGCGACGAGACGUACCACCCGCAGACGCGCGAGGACUUCGACCUGCCGGCGAAAGAGAAGGCGAACACGAUCGUCUAUCACGAGACGGCCGAGGAGACGUGCGGCACGCUUCGGAAGAUGGUCCUUCGGCAGUUCUUGGGAUCCAAACUUUACUUGAUACGCAACCGCAAGGGGAACCCGAAGUAACCCCCCGGACGAGUGUAUGUUGCGUACUACCGCCUGCUAUAGCGCACUGCCGAAACCGAUGACCACCGCGCUGUGGGUAGCACUACAAGCCGGGCUCGAAGCUCUCAUGCUUCCGGCCAGAAAAGUGAG